AUGUGGCAGCGCGGCAUUAAUUACAACGCAGUGCCUAAACUGGAUCACCCCCACGACCAUCUACGGAGGAGCGCAGCUCGUUUUACGACCUAUCAAGCCUUCUGCUCAACAAGUGAACUACCCGUCAUGGAGCAGGUCAUUUUUAGCGAACAGAACUCCCAAUGUGUAGCGAAAAUAUCCAAAAUCGACACUGCUUUACAUGCUAAGGAAACUGGAGAAUCCAUCACGUCAAACAGCCAGCAAUACAAAUCAUUAAUACAAAAAUAUAACAGCCUGGAUCCUCGAGAGCACUAUAAGCUAGGAGAAAUUUGCCACAGCCAGUACUACCAACGAUUGCAGCUCAUUGACAUAGAUAACGCAAUCACAUACAUGUCCAGAGCAAUCACCUUCACCUCCGACUACGACCCAAGCUUUCCAGAUGUACUCGGUAAAUUAGCAGCAUACCAUAGCGAUCGAUUCCAGAAGCUAGGGGAGCAAGUGGAUAAUGAUAAGACCGUGGAGUAUUUGUCCCGUUCGAUUGCAUUAACCCCCGCCGACGAUCCAAACUUGCUACAACAACUCAACAACCUACUUGUUUCUCUUAACAAACGAUUGACACGUCUAGGUGAAACCAACGAUAUCGAAAAACUGAUUGAGCACACGCGCUAUAUGGUUGCAUUGACUCCUGAUGGUGAUCCUUGGCUACCGGCACGAUUGACAACGCUAGCGGAAUCUUACAAGAAACGGUACACGCGUCUCGGAGAGUCGGUUGACAUCAACAAAUCAAUUGAAUACCAGACGCGUGCAGUGAGAUUGACUUCUGAUAAUCACCCACUCUUUUUGGACGGGCUCACUAACUUGGGAGUAUUCUACCGUAACCGUUAUGAACUAUAUGCUAACCCAGACGACCUUGCAAAUGCAAUGGAGUAUGCAACACGUUCGGUCGCAUUAACCCCUAGUAAUCAUCUAGCCUUGCCUGAGCGACUCGCUAAUCUAGGAAUGUGCUAUGGCAUUCGAUUUAAGCGCAAGGGAGAGCUUGUCGAUAACGACAAGGCAAUCGAACAUAUGAACCAUGCAGUUUCACUGGCUCCUAAUGAUUUCCCAGACUUACCUGGCCUAUUCAUCAACUUGGGCGUAGUUUACGGUGCACGUUUCAAUCGUCUAGGUGAACUUGGUGAUCUGGACAAAGCAAUCGAAUCCGAAGUUCGUGCGGUCGCGCUAACUCCAGAUGGACACCCGCGCUUGCCGGAACGACUCGCUAACCUAGGCGUGUCUUACAGUGAUCGAUUCGAGCGUCUGACCGAAUCAGGUGACAUUGAUAAAGCCAUAAAGCUCAAGUCUCGUGCAAUUGCAUUGACUCCGGACAAUGAUCCACAGCUGCCAUACCGGCUUGGGGUCCUUGGGGUAUCUUACCACGAUCGAUUCAGCCACCAGGGAAGCCAAGAAGACCUCGACAACGCAAUCGAGUAUAAAGCUCGUGCAGUCGAACUGACUCCUGACGGCCAUUCGGAGUUAUCAGGACGACUUGCCUCACUGGGAGCAUCUUAUGGAGAGCGAUUCAAGCUUCUGAAGGAGCUAAGCGACAUCGAAAAAUCGAUCGAGUACCUAUCUCGUGCAGUUAUAAUGACCCCGGAAGACGACCCACACCUUCUGGACCGACACCUAAAUCUAGGCAUAGCCUACAACAUUCGAUGCCGGAGUGUUGGCCGUGUAGUCGAUCUCGAAAAGGCAAUUGAGCAUACGUCCCAUGCACUUGCCCUCGCUCCCGAAGACCAUCCAAAAUUUCCUGUUGUACAUCAUCUUUUAGCGGUGCUCUGUGUAUCGGAGUACCGAGUUACGGAUAACUCUUUGCGCUUGCAAGAUGCGCUGUGUUCAUAUCGGAAGGCUUCCCAAUCACAGGCUGGAUCACCGCGUGGCAGGUUUGGCAUCGCACUCGAAUGGGCACACGACGCUUGUAUCUAUAGCUCGCUUAACGUGAUUGAGGCAUACCAAACUGCGAUCGACAUACUGCCACAGUACAUCUGGCUCGGGGCCACUACUGAUCGACGUUAUAGAGACCUGGAGGGGAUCAAAACGUUGCCUGCAAAGGCGGCCUCUGCUGCAAUUGCCGCUUCGAACUAUGAGUUGGCACUCGAGUGGCUAGAGCAUGCGCGAUGUGUGGUGUGGAAUCAAAGUCUGAUGCUCCGAUCACCGCUUGAUGAGCUUCGUUCUUCUAAUCAAACAUUAGCGGAUCGUCUGCAAGAAGUCACAAAUCAGCUGUACUUCGCCAGUUCCCGGCCACGAGUUUUUCCGAAAGCACCCGCCAACUCACUUGCCCUGGAACAAGCCAGCCAGCAACAUCGUCGCCUGGCUGAAGAAUACAACAGGCUAAUGGUUCAGGUACGCAAGAUCCCCGGAUUUGAUGAUUUCCUUCGGCCAAUAAAGGCGGAUGGCCUUUUCCGUGCUGCUCGAAACGGGCCUAUCGUGGUGAUUAAUUGCUACCGCAAACAAUGUGAUGCACUUAUCAUCAUUCCUGGACAAACAAAUAUCAACCAUAUUCCACUCUCUAGCUUUACUGAGGAGGAGGUCAUCCACGCACGCUCCUCAAUAAAAUCGUCAUUAUGGCAUAGGGGGCUCAGAGAGCGAGGAUUCAAAGUUAAGCCAGUAGAGGAACAUAUGUAUGAAGGAAAUAUUCAGGAUACAUUGGCGGCCCUUUGGAAUGGCAUAGUCAAGCCAGUGCUUGAAUUUCUAGGAUACUUGAACGAUAACUCAACAAACAGGCUACCGCACAUAACCUGGUGUCCCACCGGCAUAGUCUCAUUCCUGCCCUUGCACGCGGCUGGAGACUAUAACCAACCACGAUCCCGGUUCUUCGACUACGCUGUGUCUUCGUAUACUCCUACACUUAAAGCACUUCUCACUUCCACUCCUAGCACACUGUGCUCCGACUCUCGAGUACUCGCGAUCAGCCAGGAGUUUACAUCAGGCUGUAGUGCAUUGCCUGGCACCGCUAAGGAGUUAAAACACUUACAUAGCCAUACAAAAAAUAAAGUCAAAUACACACAGCUCGUGGACGAGGGGGCAACUACGACUGCUGUCCUUGAUGCGAUGGAGCAACAUGAUUGGAUUCACCUUGCAUGCCACGCUCAUCAAAAUCUUGCUGAUCCGACUAAAAGUGGCUUUUUCCUAUAUGAUGGUACUCUUGACCUAUCCUCUAUCAAUCGACGGUCGUUUAAAAAUAAAGGUUUAGCGUUCCUAUCAGCUUGCCAGACCGCGAUGGGAGACGAGCAACUACCUGAUGAAGCCGUACAUCUUGCAUCAGGCAUGCUAACGGCUGGGUACCCUAGUGUGAUUGCGACAAUGUGGUCGGUGAAAGAUGACGAUGCACCGCUCGUGGCUGAUAAAGUAUAUGACCAGCUAAUGAAGGGAGGAAAAAUUGGAAACGGCGAGGCUGGAACUGCGCUGCAUCACGCUGUUGCUGCACUGCGCGAGAAGAUCGGGGAGAAUGAAUUUGAACGCUGGGUGCCCUAUAUUCACAUAGGCUCGUGA